AUGUUUUCCUCAGGAUAUGUGAGGGUAAACGAGUGCCCCGUUCCGGUGUCGAGUGAGUUUGCCCUGCCUCAGCCAGGUGCACCUUUGGCCGUGAAAUCCCCAUGGAGGCAAGAUAACACGAGGAGAAUGGAUUCGGCGGCACCAUUCCCUCUUUUCUUACCUGGGGACUGGAGUCCAUCACCUAGGGCAAUGAGGGCAUCCUCUCCCAGUCAUCAGGCUCAAGUGUCUGGUCAGUGGACUGCAGUGGUGAAUUAUGUGGAGCAAGAACCUGUUGGAGUGCAGAAUUUCCUCGAGCAUCCGAUAUUACGCCGUAGGCGAGGGUACGUGGGUGCCCCAUCUUCAUCUAGUACUGCUACUGGGAGUUCGGGAUGGAGCCGUGACCAUGACCACGAUCGAGAUCGGUAUCGAGCCCGAGGAGGUGCGUAUUAUCUAACUCAAUGCUGUGGUGGGUACGUGAGAAGUUCCUCUCCACCUCCUCCGCCUUCUACGCCGGGCAGCUCCUCGUCCACUACAUUUAGUUAUCCCCCGUCCAUCACGACGAAUCACGAUCUUGAUCAUGGUCGAAAUCAUUCGCACCAUUCCCCGGAGCGAGAGACGUCUCCCUCUUGUACUCCCUUUCCAUCCUUGUCCAAUGAUUGCCUUGGAUAUCAGAGACAGAGACAUGUUCAUGCCGUCAGCAGCUGUAGUGGCAAUAAUCAUGGAAGACGAGGGAGCCUGACUGUGACUGGAGGACGUUCUCGGUCCACGUCUCCUCAGAUCCCGAUUGGUAAACCCCCUCGCCCAGGCCCCUCACCAAAAUCUCGUUCCUUGCCCCGAAAUCAGACUCUGAGUGAUCCACAAGUCGAGAACCAGGAAACGGCCCGAAUUUCUCGGAGUCCUCACGUCGGAUUCCGAUCUCCGAAUCAUUCCCCUCAGUCUCUACCUGUUCCUACAUUUACACGAUCCAAAUCUCCGGUUUCAUUCUUCCGGAAUCGAUCGUGCAGCUGGGACAAUAUUUGCUCGGGGUCCAAGGAAAAAACAAAGAAGGAGAGUAUCAAGAAGACGUUGGGGUUUAGUGGUCGACAGCUCCAUUACAAAGUAACCACCAGUAGCACGUCGGGAUAUGGAAGUACUUCCAGUUUGCCAGAGACGAGCCUGAACAGGAGCUUCAAGCCGUGCAGUCUUGUCACAGGCCGUCGACCGGUAGUCUCGUUUGUGAUCGAUCUUCUAAUAGCCGUCGGGACGAUGGCAUCAAGGCGUGUCCUCAAGGACUUCGACAUGCAAGGUGUUGUCAAUGGCAAAGCUCGGGACGAUGAGAAAGUGAAGAAUGAUGGCUCCUCCCGGAAAAGAAGACCUCUCAGUGCCGUAGCCAGUGUCUCGAGAAAGAAUGAAGGUGAUGUCGGUGAGCUCAAGAAGACUCGGGAAGGAUCAGAGAAGGGAGAGGGUGUACCGAAGACAAGAAUUGAAGAAGGUCCAGAUGAUGAGACGGGAUCCGAGGGACCACGCCGUCACCAUGAGAGCUUGGAUCGACUCCAUCGUCUUUCCUCACCCACUUUGCAUCCUGAUCCUCUUGCUCCACCAGGGCUUUCACAUCAUCAUUUGACAAUCAGACCCACUCAGAAUGGCAGAUUGGGGUUGGAAACAAGAGUUCAAAGAUUGGAAGGUGACAAGGAUUCCUUGCAGCUUCAAGUAUCUGUUCUUCAGGAGCAAAUAGAAGCACAGCAAGAGAAGAUAGGGGACCUAGAAAAGCUUCUGGAUCAUAAGAAAACCCAACUCAUUAAGACUGAAGAGGCUUUGAAGAAAAGCCCUGGUGACCUGGAAAGCCCAAGAGUGAAUUCACCCCCUGGUUCUUCCACACCAGUUGGUUCCUUUUCUACCAUCUCUGAGGGACAUCUUGAACUCCUGGUUUUUGUUCCUUGUAUUUCCAGUCUGGUUUGUCUCCAAUCUCUCCAUCAAAUCAUAGUGCACGUCUUCCCUCGAGAGAUCUUCCCCCCCAUCCCAAGACACCCCCAGCAAGCACUAGGCAUCGCAUUGAUCCUUUUUCUUCGCUCCCUCGAAAUCGCAGUGGAAGAAGUGGAGAAGAAGGCUCCAAUUCACGCCGUGGGAAAGGUGGUGGAGUCUUGUUUGGUAGAAAGUGCCAGAGGCUCAUUUGGCAUGCUGGUCUAUGAUUUCCUUACAGCAGAGACAGAAAAGCCUUGGAUGUCAGAGGAACAGAGCAGUCCAGGUAGCUUUACUGCAGCCCAGUCCACUCCAACUGGUACAAUGCAGCGAGGAGGAGAUUCUAAUUACAAACAGAAAGGCAUUAAGAACAUCUUUGGGAAGAUGAAGAGAAGCAACUCUGGAAGCUUGACUGAGGAUCUUCCUCCAGGAGAGUUCAAGCGAGGAGGAACUAGGGCUACUGCAGGUCCUCGACUUGACUGGAGUCGCCCUAUUGAUACACCAAGGAUCUACUUGCGGCAGCCAAUGGAUCGGUGGGAUUCAGAAGCUAUAUCUCAGUGGCUUCAAGAUAUGGGACUUGGGAUGUAUGAGACCAACUUCCUGCACUUCACAAAGUCUGGAGACCAGCUUUCUAAGCUCACUCCUCAUGAUUUAGAACGACAUCUUGGUGUCAAGGUUGCACUCCAUCGAAAGAAGUUGCAUCUGGCCAUCCAGGACUUGGCUGGUUCAGAAUGUAUUGAAUUAACCUCCACUGGACAAAUGGAUCAUACAUCUGUCAUGAAAUGGCUGGAUGACAUUGGACUGCCUCAAUAUAAAGAGUCCUUUUCAGAGGCUCGGGUUGAUGGUCGAAUGCUGGACCAUCUGACUGUAGAUGAUGCCCUUGCCCUUAAAUUAUCCAAUCUCCUCCAUCUCCUUUCAAUUAGGCGAGGCAUUCAGGUCCUGAGGGAGCAUGAUUUUGACUUGAGCCUUCUGAGACGACGAUCAACCCCAGAAGAAGUUGUGAACCUGAGCAAUGGCAAUCAGUUGCAGGUGACUCCAGGUGAAGUCUGUCUAUGGACUAAUCAUCGUGUCAUGGAAUGGCUUCGCAACAUUGAUCUCUCUGAAUAUGCUCCAAACCUUCGAGGCUCAGGCAUGCUGGAUUCUUUUUCAUGUGUUCAUGGUGGCUUGCUUGUCUUGGAGCCUCGAUUCACCUCUGAACUUUUGGCAACACUACUUUCAAUCCCUCCCCAGAAAACACUUCUUCGUCGACAUCUUGCAACCCAUUUCCGAGAGUUGAUUUCCCGAGACAUUCUCCUACAAAAGAGAGAACUGGAAAAUUCUCCUAAUCAUGUGUCCAGAGGUCAUUUCACUUUGAUGAGGAAGCGCAAUCGAUUUGAGUUUGAUCCUGAUGAAUAUGUUUGCCCGAUGGAUUCCUCCAGCAUAUAUGAAAAGGAUAGGGAGGGUGAGAACCAUAUGAGUAUAUCUUCUCGGUUGAGUGGGGAUAGCAGUCGGGAUGAUGUGAGGUCCAUGUUUUACCAUGCAUACGAUGGGUACAUGGAGCUUGCAUAUCCUUAUGAUGAACUACGUCCAAUUACCUGUGAUGGUGUUGACACAUGGGGGAGCUACUCAUUAACCUUGAUUGAUGCCCUUGAUACACUGGCUGUUAUGGGGAACUUCUCAGAAUUUCGCCGAGUAGCUGAGCGCAUCAUCUCAGAGCAGAAUAACUUUGACUCCAACAUUAAUGUCUCAGUCUUCGAAACAAAUAUCCGUAUUGUUGGAGGACUUCUGAGUGCGCAUUUGUUAUCAAGGAGGGCUGGUAUGAAAUUGGAACCAGGAUGGCCAUGUGAUGGUCCUCUGCUGAGACUGGCUGAGGAUGCUGCCAAAAGGCUCUUGCCUGCAUUUGACACUCCAACAGGAAUGCCAUAUGGAACUGUGAAUCUACGAUAUGGGGUUCCAUUGGGUGAGACGACCAUUACCUGCACUGCUGGUGUUGGUACUUUUCUGGUUGAAUUUGGCGCUCUUUCUCGACUAACUGGGAACCCCGUAUAUGAGCAGGUUCUCUCUUUUACCAUCAUGACAGCAUUGAGAGCAAUUCAUAGUCUUAUGAGGUAUAGAUCUUCAGUGGGCCUAUUUGGAAAUCACAUUGAUGUUGUAACAGGGAAGUGGACAGCGCAUGAUGCUGGCAUUGGUGCUGGGGUGGAUUCAUUUUAUGAGUAUCUAGUGAAGGGAGCCAUCCUUCUACAGAGACCAGAACUAAUGGAAAUGUUUAAUGAGGUUCGGGGUCCCAUCGAACAGUUCCUCCGCUUUGACGACUGGCACUUUUGGGCCUCCAUGCAGAAAGGACACAUCUCAAUGCCCAUCUUUCAAAAUUUGGAAGCAUAUUGGCCUGGAGUCCUGAGUCUGAUUGGGGACUUGGGCCCAGCCAUGAGAACUCUGCAUAAUUAUCACCAAGUGUGGAAGAAAUAUGGGUUCCUGCCUGAAUUUUACAAUGUCUUCAGUGGUGAGGCAAGUACAAGCAGGUCAGGAUACCCUCUGAGACCUGAGCUGAUUGAGUCCAUCAUGUAUCUGUAUCGUGCUACCAGGGAUCCAUCUCUCAUUCAGAUGGCAGUGGACAUCCUUCAGUCUAUUUUGCACAGCACAAAGACAAAAUGUGGUUUUGCCACAGUGCGUAACGUGAGGGACCAUCAACUGGAAGACCGAAUGGAAUCGUUUUUCCUUGCUGAAACAACCAAGUACUUGUACCUGGUCUUUGAUACUGAUCAUUUCCUUCACAAUACUGGUGGAUAUGGGACUCUCAUUGAAUCCAGAGGAAAAACCUGUGUCAUUGAGGCUGGAGGAUAUGUCUUUAACACAGAGGCUCAUCCAAUUGAUCCCGGAGCUUUACACUGUUGCACGGGAGUGGGGAUUUCCGAAGUGUCAGACUACCUCAAAGACCACAUUGUGGAUCUGAUCGAGCCAGGUGCAUUUCAUCAACGUGGGGGCAUCCCCUUAGAAGAGUACAGGGACAAGUCAAGACGAAGAAAGAGUUCAAAAAAUAAAAUGGAAAUGGAGGAAAACAAUAAAACUGAAGAAUUUGAUGGCCAAAACAAAGGAGAUCAGGGUGGUAAUCAGGAUGACAAAGCAUCUCAAAUGAGAAACAACAGCAAUGCUGCUGAUAAAAUUUCCUCUGAGAAACCAUCUCAUCUUACCACAGAAGAAGUUAAUGAGAACUUCAACAAAAAACCAAUCAUGAAAACUGAGCACAUGGCACAAAAGGAUGUGUUGUCAUUCACAGUCAAGGAAUUCAUCAAAGAUAUUUUCAAGCUAAGAGAAGAGAGUGGAGGUUCAUAUGACCCAGAUACAUUUGCCAAGAAGGUGGAAGAUGAUCUCAGUACAUAUAACAUGACUGCAAGCCAUGAUGCCCUGAUAUGCCAUGCUCCUCCAUAUGUUCAGAGGUUUGGGAUUUGGGGUUUUGUUUUUGAUGAGUCUUAAAGGACACUGCAUGUGCUUGUCUGUGAUGCAUUUUCUUUGUAGUCUGCUCAGUUGAUACUUAUAUUUUUUCAUUGAUAAAGAAUUAUCAUUCUUGAAUGACAUUGUUGAGGGCUUGCAGUGACCUAACUGUACAAGGUGUGAUAAAAAUAGUUCAGGCCUGAUGUCAAAGUGACACUUGUGAUGCUUCAAUAAAUUAUAUGGACAG